AUGCGUCCUGAUCUCCUACGCCGUAGUAAGGCCCUCUCGCCCUACGCGCAAGCCCUCAAACACGUCGCCCUCCGCGGCGCCCUCGGCCUCGGACCCGGGGCGAAAGCGGCGGAGUGGACGAUGGCCCGUCGGGGCGUCCUUCCUGCGGAUUAUCGCCCGCCCGCCCAGGGAAAAUGGGAUGAUACGAUCGAGCGAUGGGCCUACGCCUGGCAAUACCCCGCUGAGGAGGUUUUCGAAGAUCCUCUGGGCGCCCUCCAGGCGAAUAGCGAGGGGAUGCGGCGUUUGGUGAGCUUCGCUGAACGACUUUUGGCUUCGCCGCCGUCGGCGCUUCCGGGGUCGGGGCGAAGCUCCGCAAUUUACCGCAUUCCCUCGGGCAUUGAUACCAUUCCGCACUUAACGCUGCCGGAGACGUCGUAUAAUUACGCCAUGUUGGAGGCCUCCGUCGAGGCUGCCGCGGACACCGACAGCAAUGCCAAAGCUAUGAUCUCCUCGGAGGAAUUUUCUAGGGAAACAAACAUCCCCAUCGCCUACUUGGAUGACCAAUCAGAGAAAAGCAACGCCGGGAAGGAAUUACUGCUUCUUCUCGAGGACUGUGGCCUAGAGUACACCGAGGAUGGCCUCAUUACCGUCAUCUCCGCUCUUGCUUGUCAACAUUAUUACGACGCGGCUCUCGCGAUGUUUAACUUCGCGAGCCAAGUGGGUCUCGGGCCUUCCGCGGAGCAUUAUAAGGCUCUCAUGAAAUAUCCUGCUGCCCAUGGGGAUGUGAACCAAUCCAUGGCGCUUAUCGAAGAGAUGAAAAAAAGCGGAAUUACACCCCGCAUUGGUAACUGGCAUGAACUCAUCCGUUCUUUUCACAACGCAAAGGAUUAUCCAGCCGUUUCGCAAAUUGUGGAUAAUAUGAAAAUGUACGCCAAUAUAGAGCCGAAUGAGGUAACAUUUCUACUGCAGCUGCGAGCCUUCAGCAAGGAUGCAUCGCAAAGUAAUUCCCUUGCUGAAUCGAUUCAGCUUUUCGAUCAAAUGGAAAAUGUGUAUGGCUACAUCGCGUCUCGCCCGCAUUACGACGCACUGAUGUUUUCUCUAAGCCAGAGUCCUAUUCCUGAGAUGAGGCUGCGGUGCGAGGAGUUGGCAAAAAAAAUGGACCUGAUGGGAAUCAGUUGGAAUGCUAUGACUUAUCUCAACCUUAUAAGGUCGUCCCAGGUAGUGGGCGAUGUUGACGCUGUGGAGAAGUACUUGGGCAAAAUGCGUGAGGAUUGUAUUCCCCUAAGUAUACUACAUCUUUCCUGGUCGAUCCAAGCUCAUGUGCAGUAUAUUAUUCGCCUUGAUUAUGAAACGCUAAAAGAAAAGAAGACUGACAUCAGAUCUAUUUGGCUCGAACGCAUGAGUACUUGCUUCGGAAUCUACGAAAUCGUUGUGGAAAGGGGAUGGGGAAUGCAGCUCCCUUUCUUAAAUGCCAUGCUGCGUUUAUGUUGCCAGACCACCAUUCUUUGUAUGGAGCAUUUUUCAUCCGACACGCUUCACAUCGGUAAGUUUGAGGAUCAGGCCAACAAAAUAUGGAAUAAUACAUUUGAUGAGUGGGGUUUAAAAAAAGAUGUGUAUAGCUACGAAUGCUACAUCGCCCUGUUGACCCAUCAACAGCGAAUAGACGAAGCGGAAAAGUUAUUCCAACAGAUGGUCUUGCAGGAGGAUCUCACGCCGAGCCGUCGGACGUACGAAUGCCUUAUCUUUAUGCAUCUCUCUUCGGGUGAGGAGGGCGGCGCUGCUCGGGCUCUUCACUAUUUGGAGGCUUUAGAGCGGUCCAAAAUACGUAUUCGCCCUUCACUUUUGCGAAAGAUCGUCCAAGUCAACAACGCGGCGGGGUACAAAAGGGAUAUGAAGAGGAGGGCCCGACGGAUUAUCCAAGCACGUGAGGAGUAUUUUGCCAAAAAAAAGAAGGCCUCGCGCACGAAUCCAAUCUCACGAUGGGGACGGAAGCGGUCGAGACGGCGCCGGCGGUUGAUCAAGAUGGAAAUCCAACUUUACGCCCACUACCCAUCGCGGCGAACACCACCUUGGCGUGGUGGGAAAAAUGGAAACGCGAAACCAUCAGCAAGCACGAGCUCUUUGCGAAUGAAAAUCCCGAUGGGACCCCGAAAGGGGAGUCCUUCGAGGAGAAGAACGAGGCGUUGGCCAAGUUGGGCAUUCAUUCCUCGUUUAAAACGAUCGAGGAGGUUCCCACCGUGCGGCGGGACAGUUUGCUUUCGAAAAUUCGCGAACAAGAAGGUGAGAUGA